AUGUGGACCGGCGGGCUGGGCAGAUGGGUGGGUAUCGCCAUAAUAGGGAGAGCCGCCGGCAAUGCGCACGUCAACAUCAUGAUACACCUCGGCCUGGGCAUGGUCGACACCAACCUAUUGAGUGAUUUGGUGUAUAAGAACGAUUCAGAAAAGCAAGAGAUGGCAAAGGCUUGGGAGAAGACAUAUGGGCUCCUCAUGCGCUACAUUGGUAGCAUUAUCUGCUGA